AUGGCUAGAGAUGAGGGCACAGGUGAUCCUAUCAGCCUGGCUGCACACAACCCUGAGUGGCGGACAGCUCCCACUUGUGGAUACACAGAUAUCAAAGACAUGGCUGAAGCACAGCACAAAAGGCCCUGCACAGCAAUGGAAGGGAAACGGCAUUCGGGAGACUCAGAGGAAGGGACUCCUGCCCCAGGGUUACAGGACAGCCAGACACAGGACGCCCAGCCCGGGCAGGUCUCCUGGGUGCACGAGGAAGACAGUGGCAAUCAGGCCCCCUCCCCAAGGUGGCACAGGGCAACUGAGAAGAACUAUCUCCCCCACGAGCUCAAAGAUGUCCGCCUGUGCCUCGCCCACUGUCCCGGCCCCUCUGCUGAAAAGUUCCUGGAAAGAGCUUACAAAAGCCACAUUUUGAAUUCCGGAAUCCAGUAUUGUUUGUCCGCCUUGGUUCCCAAUUUUCCUUUCUUCCUUUUCCUCCUGGGUGGAGGCACCCAGGUUCUAGAGUGUAGCCAGGAACAGAACCAGCAUCAGAAUCAGCAAGCUGAUUGCUGUCUGGAAGGACUCUGGAACCAUGAAGCAGGAGCCCAGACUCCUCGGACCUGCAGGAGGGAAGAGGUCAAGGAGGGCAGGAACAGUCAGUCUCAGGCGGGACACGGGCCUGAGAACACGCACUGGCACACGCGUCCACUCAAGCUCCAGCGCACACACAUGCACGGGGGGGGGGACGCACAAGCAGACACUGAUGCACAUUCGCUUGCACCCACCUCAUAUACGCGCGUGCUCACACUGAAACGCGUGCACGUGCGUUCACACACACAUGCCGUCAACAGGUGUAGAACACGAGCUGGGCUUGUAGCCGGGCCGGUGGACGCGCCUGUCCUGCGCCCUCAGACUCCUGGCGCUAGUAGCACAACGGCGCAGUUCUCGGCCUGGGCCGGGCGACCGCAAAGUCUCCGCCAUCGAUGGCUGCACCUAGGCCCCCAGCAGCCCCGGCACAGGCCAGCCAACUGCUGCCCAGACCCCAGGGCCAGGAGCGCAGCUACAUCCCAGGAGGACGAAGCUUCCUCGACCCCCGUCGUCUCCCAUCACUUCACAGACUCGAGAGAAAAGCACAUUCGUGUAUACUCAGAUCCGCGCAUCCCUAAGGAAGUUCGGGCACCCCUGUUUCGCAGCCGAUCUCCCCGCGGGGCGGGAGGGCGGACGCAGCGAGACCCAGGCGCCGUUCUGCCGCAUUCCGGCGGGCGGCAGGUGUCCGGCCAUUGGAUGCGCCGCUCCGGCCCUCGGGAGUGGGAACCGGGGCGCAGCGCGGCGAGGUGCCAGCCAGUGCAGCCGUGCGUGGACUGCAGGUCCGGAGAGCAGAGCCGGCGGCCCGACCUGCUGACGCCGCCGCCCCGCGCUCGCGGUCCCCUCUCCACCCGCGUUCCCCCGGGACGGCCGGCAAGGCGCCGACCGCGGGCCAACGAACGCCCGGGUUCUCCCCGGUCCUCCUCCCCUCGCGCCUCACCCCGCCGCCCUCUCUCGCGCCUCUGUCGCCCCCCUCCUUUCUCCCCUCGCUUCGUCGCCCUCCCCUGCCCUGCCCUCGCCCUCCCCCUCCCCCGCUCUCCCACGGUGCGGGCGGGUUCUCCGCCGCCGCCCCGCCGCCGCGGCCGCCACUCCGCCCCCAGCGCGGCGCGGAGCCGCAGUAAUAACCCCGCAUCCGCGGCCCCGGGCCCCUGCGAGCGCCCCUGGAUGGAGCCGUGCGUCCUCCCCGCGGGGGCGCAGCGCCGGCUGCGGGCGCAGGGCGCACGGGACAGCCCGGCCAUGCGGGCCCCCGGCUGCGCGGCGCUCUGCCUGCUGCUGCUGGCGCAGGUGGGUGUGCAGGCACCUGCGUGCGCCGUGGGACCCGCAGCGGCCUCGCCGGGGAGCCCGAGCGUCCGGCGUCCUCCUGGCCCCGCGGAGUGGCCGGGCUGGGUGGAAAAGGGCGAGUAUGACCUGGUGUCUCCCUACGAGGUUGACCACAAUGGAGACUACGUGUCCCAUGAAAUCACGCACCCCCAGAGGAGGAAAAGGGCACUGGCCCAGCUCGGAGCUGACUCUCUGCACCUCCGGCUGAAAGGCUUCAGGCACGACUUCCACCUGGAUCUGGAAACUUCCAGCAAGCUGGUGGCACCUGGAUUUCUCGUACAGACUUUGGGGAAGGGGGGCACUAAGUCGGUGCAGACUUUCCCACCUGAGGAUUUCUGUUUUUAUCAAGGCUCGUUACGAUCCCACAAAAAUUCCUCAGUGGCUCUUUCGACCUGCCAAGGUUUGUCAGGCAUGAUAAGAACCCAGGAAGCGGACUACUUCUUGAAGCCCCUUCCUUCACACCUGGCAGGGGACCCCAAGGACUCUUCGGGGGAUGGGCCUCCCUCCCACAUCCUGUACAAAAGAUCCACCGAGCCUCGGGAUCCAGGGUCCCACCAGGUCGCGAUGAUGGAGAGAAAUUGGCGUCUGGAAAACCGCCACCUCUUCCACCACCAAGAUCAACCCCCGCGCGGCGGCUUCAGCCUCAGGCACCCACAGAAGCUGCAUUUCUGCGGAAGACGCAAGAAAUACAUGCCCAAGCCCCCCAAGGAAGACCUUUUCAUCUUGCCUGAUGAGUAUAAGUCAUGCAAAAGGCACAAGCGGUCCCUUCUGAAGUCCCAUAGGAAUGAAGAACUGAACGUGGAGACAUUGGUGGUGGUUGACAAAAAGAUGAUGCAAAACCACGGCCAUGAAAACAUCACCACCUAUGUACUGACAAUACUCAAUAUGGUGUCUGCUUUAUUCAAAGAUGGAACGAUAGGAGGAAACAUCAACAUUGCCAUUGUAGGUCUGAUUCUUCUGGAAGAAGAACAGCCAGGGCUAGUGAUAAACCAUCAUGCGGACCACACCUUGAGCAGCUUCUGCCAGUGGCAGUCUGGACUGAUGGGGAAAGAUGGGACUCGCCAUGACCAUGCCAUCUUACUAACCGGCCUGGACAUAUGCUCCUGGAAGAAUGAACCCUGUGAUACUCUGGGAUUUGCACCCAUAAGUGGAAUGUGUAGUAAAUAUCGCAGCUGUACGAUUAAUGAAGAUACAGGUCUUGGACUGGCUUUCACCAUCGCCCACGAAUCUGGACACAACUUUGGCAUGGUCCAUGAUGGAGAAGGGAACGUGUGCAAAAAGUCUGAGGGCAACAUAAUGUCCCCUACGUUGGCAGGACGCAACGGGGUCUUCUCCUGGUCACCCUGCAGCCGCCAGUACCUGCACAAAUUUUUAAGCACUGCCCAAGCUACAUGCCUUGCUGAUCAGCCAAAGCCUGUGAAGGAAUACAAGUAUCCUGAGAAGCUGCCGGGAGAGUUAUACGAUGCAAACACACAGUGCAAGUGGCAAUUUGGAGAGAAAGCCAAGCUCUGCAUGCUGGAUUUUAAAAAGGAUAUCUGUAAAGCCCUGUGGUGCCACCGUAUUGGGAGGAAAUGUGAGACUAAAUUUAUGCCAGCGGCAGAAGGCACAACUUGUGGGCGUGACAGGUGGUGCCGUGGAGGGCAGUGUGUGAAAUAUGGCGAUGAAGGCCCCAAGCCCACCCACGGCCACUGGUCAGACUGGUCUCCCUGGUCUCCUUGCUCCAGGACGUGUGGAGGAGGGGUGUCUCACAGGGACCGGCUCUGCACCAACCCCAGACCAUCGAAUGGAGGGAAGUUUUGUGCGGGCUCCACGAGAACUCUGAAGCUUUGCAACAGUCAGAAAUGUCCCCAUAACAGUGUCGACUUCCGCGCCCUACAGUGUGCCGAGUACAAUAGCAAACGGUUCCGAGGAUGGUACUACAAGUGGAAGCCGUACACCCACGUAGAAGAUCAGGACUUAUGCAAACUCUACUGUAUCGCAGAAGGAUUUGAUUUCUUCUUUUCUUUGUCAAAUAAAGUCAAAGAUGGGACUCCAUGCUCGGAGGAUAGCCGUAAUGUUUGUAUAGAUGGGAUAUGUGAGAGAGUGGGGUGUGACAAUGUGCUGGGAUCCGAUGCUGUGGAAGACUCCUGCGGUGUGUGCCGGGGAAAUAACUCCAGCUGCACAACGCACAAGGGCCUCUAUGCCAAGCAGCACCAUGCCAACCAGUAUUACCAGAUGGUCAUCAUUCCUUCUGGAGCCCGGAGUAUUCGCAUCUAUGAAAUGAAUGUAUCUACCUCCUACAUUUCUGUGCGAAAUGCACUCAAAAAGUACUACCUGAAUGGACACUGGACAGUGGACUGGCCCGGCCGGUACAAGUUUUCAGGAACUUCCUUCGACUACAGACGGUCCUACAGGGAGCCUGAGAGCUUAACUUCCCCUGGGCCAACCAAUGAAACAUUGAUCAUGGAGCUUCUGUUUCAGGGAAGGAACCCGGGCAUUGCCUGGGAAUACUCUGUGCCACGGUUGGGGGGUGAGAAGAAGCUCAGCACCCAGCCCAGCUACACGUGGGCCACCAUCCGCUCCGAGUGCUCCGUCUCAUGUGGAGGGGGGCAGAUGACCACGAGAGCAGGCUGCUACAGAGACUUGAGGUUCCCAGUGAACGCAUCAUUCUGCAGCCCCGACACCCGACCUGUCACAGGGGUCGUGCCUUGCAAAGUGUCCGCCUGUCCCCCCAGGUGGUCCGUGGGGAACUGGAGUGCCUGCAGCCGGACGUGCGGUGGAGGCACCCAGAGCCGGCCCGUUCAGUGCACGCGGCGGGCACACUACAAAUCGGAGCGGGUCUCCACCAGCCUGUGUCCACAGCCCGUGCCCUCCAGCCGACAGUCCUGCCAGCCUCAGAGCUGCCCACCCGCGUGGAGCGCCGGGCCCUGGGCGGAGUGCUCUCGAACCUGCGGAAAGGGGUGGAGGAAGAGGUCCGUGGCCUGUAAGAGCACCAACCCCUCGGCCAGGGCGCAGCUGCUGCCCGACGCUGUCUGCACCUCGGAGCCCAAGCCCAGGACUCACGAGGCCUGUCUGCUCAGGCGCUGCCACAAGCACAAGAAGCUGCAGUGGCUUGUGUCUGCCUGGUCCCAGUGCUCUGUUACGUGUGAAAGAGGAACCCAGAAAAGAUUCUUCAAAUGUGUUGAGAAGUACAGUUCUGGGAAGUACCGCGAGCUGGCCCCGAAGAAGUGCUUACACCUGCCGCAGCCCCACCUGGAGCUGGAACGCAUCUGCGCCCCAUUUCCCUGCCCUAAGCACCCCCUGUUUGCGGCUGCAGGCUCCCCACAGGCCGGCUGGUUUGCCUCGCCCUGGUCUCAGUGCACGGCCAGCUGUGGAGGCGGCAUGCAGACGAGGUCCGUGCAGUGCCUGGCGGGGCGCCGGCCGGCCGUGGGCUGCUCCGCGCACCAGAAGCCCGCGGACUCCCAGGCCUGCAACACCCGUUUCUGCCCCAUCGCACAGAAAAAAGACGCCCUCUGCGAGGACCGCUUCCACUGGUGCACCCUGGUGCCCCAGCACGGGAUGUGCAGCCACCACUUCUACGGCCAGCAGUGCUGCAAGAUGUGCUCCACAUCCAACCUGUGA